UGGGAAGGAGGGUUAUUUUGUCACUCCGUUUGUUUUUUUUUCUUUGUAGUGUUCCAAAUGCCUUAGGAAUCUCUUUUUAAUUAGUUAUUAAUGGCAUUUAUAAUGGCAACGAUAUCAAAGCUAAUAGAAGCAUUUUUUAAAAGAAAAGUUUCAUCUGGUUUCUUUCAUGGCUUCCUUCUCAUCUCUUAUCACACCCAUUUCCCAAAACCCAAAAAUACUCUUAACAAACUCCAAUCAUUCGAACUGUUCUAAGGCGAUUCCGCAUGGUUUCCCCUCUUUGGGAUUUGGGUUUGGGGUUUCUCAACAUGGGAGGUCGUUUAAACAGAUGAGGAGGAUUGUUACAAGUUCCAUUAAUCAAAAUGAAGCUUUGGUUGGUAAUUCAAGCAUUCAAACAUUUGAUAUCCCAGUUCUGACUAGCUCAGAUGCAAUUGAAAGGUUGAAAGCCAACCGGGAAAACCAUAAAGGGAAGCAACAAUUCUUGGCCAUGUACUCCAGCAUUUUUGGUGGAAUAACAACAGAUCCUGCGGCUAUGGUCAUCCCUAUUGAUGAUCACAUGGUCCACAGAGGGCAUGGUGUUUUUGACACUGCUGCCAUAAUGGAGGGAUAUCUGUAUGAGUUGGAUCAACAUGUUAACCGUAUAAUAAGAUCAGCAGGUAUGGCCAAAAUCACCCCUGCAUUUGAUAAGGAAACAUUAAGAAGAAUACUCAUACAGACAGCUAGUGCCUCAAAGUGCAGAAAUGGAUCUUUAAAAUAUUGGCUCUCAGUUGGACCUGGCGAUUUUCAGUUGUCUCCAUCUGGUUGCAACCAACCAACAUUUUAUGCUGUUGUGUUUCAAGAUGAAUCCCCUUCUUCUUAUUCAAAGGGAAUUAAGGUAAUAACAUCUUCAAUUCCAAUAAAGCCUCCACAAUUCGCAACAACAAAGAGCGUAAACUACCUCCCGAAUGUUCUUUCGAAGAUGGAGGCUGAAGAACAAGGUGCAUUCGCGGGGAUUUGGUUGGACAACGAAGGGUUCGUUGCUGAAGGUCCCAAUAUGAAUGUUGCUUUUGUCACUAAACAGAAUGAACUUUUAAUGCCUAAUUUCGAUAAAAUUCUAAGUGGUUGCACUGCUAAUAGAAUUUUGACUCUUGCUGAACGGCUAGUUAGUGAGGGAAAGCUUCGGGGAGUAAGAGUAGGCAAUGUAAGUGUAGAAGAGGGGAAGAAGAAUUCAACUGAAAUGAUGCUUAUUGGCAGUGGAAUACUUGUUCUGCCUGUGAUACAAUGGGAUGAUCAGAUCAUUGGUAAUGGUGCAGAAGGUUCAAUUGCUCAGGCUCUCUUGAAUCUUAUCAUCGAGGACAUGAAAUCCGGGCCUCCAUCUGUUCGUGUGCCAAUUCCUUACUGAGUCAUCUUCGAUCUUCCGUUCUAUUUCUGCACAAAAUGUUUUACUUGAAGCAGUUGAGCUCUAUCACAAAAGCCUUGGACCUGUUAUGUAAAUUAUGCCGUUUGUUCUUUGUUAUCACAUAAUUGCUCAUUCUCUCUCAAUGGAAUGAAAUUUUACAACAUGGUGUAAUUGCUCAUUCUCUCUCUCUCAAUCACAGUUGUUGUAAAAUGGAUUCAUCAAUUGCUGUUCUAAGUCAAACUAAUCUUUUUAAGCCAAGAUUACAAAAGCUAUAAUAUAUAGUGAAAUUGUGGCA